UGCAUUUUUACGUUUACUAGCCAUACAAAAACAUGUGUUAAAAGUAAAACUCUCAAACCCGGCCCUUUCAACCACCAAAAACAACCAAACUCAUUUCUUUCAUAACCUUCCCGCCAAAACCACGUACCAUAAUCUUUUGUUCUUGAAGGAUCGAGCUUCUUCUUCAAUGGCGGAAUAUUCAUGCAGUUUGAUGGUCUUGUUGACUCUCUUCUCAAGCUUCUUGGUGUGUAUAAAUGCCAACUUUGAUUAUAAAGACGCCCUCAAGAAAUCCAUAAUUUUCUUGGAAGCUCAAAGGUCCGGGAAGCUUCCUCCACACCCUAGGCCUCCAUGGAGAGGAGAUUCUGCUCUCAAUGAUGGAAAAGCAGCCGGUGUAGAUUUGGCCGGCGGAUACUAUGAUGCCGGAGAUAAUGUCAAGUAUGGUUUCCCGAUGGCGUUCACCGUGACCACAUUGGCAUGGGCUGCAUACUUUUAUCAGCCGGAGCUUACCGCUGCCGGAGAAAUACAUAAUGUUCGUAAUGCUAUCCGAUGGGGUACCGAUUAUUUUCUUAAAGCCAGUAGUCUACGUAAUCGUUUCUUUGUUCAGGUCGGAGAUCCGGUGACAGAUCACAAGUGUUGGAUGAGGCCUGAAAAGAUGAAAUCAGCAAGACCAGUUUUGGAACUUAAUGAAAAAAAACCCGGAACUGAAAUUGCUGCUGAAACUGCUGCUGCUUUGGCUGCUUCAGCAAUUGUGUUUCGGGGUGUCGAUCAACCCUAUUCUCAAAAGCUUCUAAAUGGAGCCAAAAAGCUUUUUCAAUUUGCUCAAGAACAUAGGGGAACUUUCGAUGGUGAAUGCCCUUUCUAUUGCUCAUUCUCCGGUUAUCGUGAUGAGUUACUAUGGGGGGCAACAUGGCUAUACAUUGCAACAAAGAGGCCAAUAUACUUGAAAUUUAUACAAGAGGAGUCAACCACCGCCGUUGUUACUGAAUUCAGCUGGGACCUCAAAUUUGCUGGUGCUCAGAUCCUUCUUUCUCAGUUAUAUUGGGAAGGACAAAAGGAUUUACAGACGUUCAAGCAACAAGCUGAUGGAUUUGUAUGUAACAUUCUUCCUGGAAGCCCUUAUCGUCAAGUUUUCAUGACCCCAGGAGGUUUGAUUCACUUAAGAGAUGGUGCAAAUUCGCAAUAUGUGACAUCCACAGCGUUUCUUUUCAGUGUUUACAGUGAUUUGUUAGCUAGACACAAAAUGGAAGUCACAUGUGGUGACAAACGUUUCACGUGUGUACAGAUCAUGGAUUUCGCCAAGAAACAGAUGGAUUAUUUAUUGGGGAAUAACCCAGUAAAGCGGUCGAUGAUGGUAGGGUUUGGAAAGGACCCACCGUUGCAUGCGCAUCAUAGAGGUGCAUCUGUGCCGGUGGAUGCAAAGGAUGAUGUAAACUGUGGGAUGAGCUUUGUUUACUGGUACAACACAGAUAAACCAAACCCUAAUGAGCUAACGGGUGCCAUCCUUGGUGGACCGGACAGGGCGGAUAGAUUUGUGGACGCACGGGUUAAUUCCUCCAUGACCGAGCCAUGCACAGUUUCUAAAAUAGAUAUUGUUCUUGUUACACAAAAGAGUCCACAAGAAGGCUCUUAUAACCACCUCAUAUUUCAUCUUGUCGAAAUUGGACUAGUUGGGCUUGGCAACACCAUUAAAAAGAAAGUCAACAUCCCUGCAAUGGUUAAGAUCAGGAAGAAAAGGCCAGUUCCUCUUCAACCUAGCCAAAAGCUCCAGAGCAGUCGAGUAUCUGAGGAACAGGUGCACAGAGGAUUCCGGGUGGCGGCUGCAGGCUAG